CGUGACAUUCCAAAAACACCGGAGACCAGCAGAAGACAAGAAAGGACAACCUAUAUAGCCUUGUGCAUUUUUAGAAUUGCUCUACCAUGUUCCAAACCUAAGAACUCAUUGUACCCGCGUCUGGUACUUCACUACAGCUGACUAACCCUUGCGGCACUUCCUCCUUAAGAACGUGUGUUGCCCUUUAAGAGCGGCGACUCAGAUCGAAUUCGAGGCUGUGACGUUAUUGUGGAAGUGAUCCGCGCUGGAACGUUGGGUAAUGGUUCUUUGUAGAACUAUUUGGAUUUGGGAUCUAAGAUGAUGAACCCUGGCAUCCCAUUUCCCAACCUUCCAGCCCUAAACCAGACCCCAGUACAACAACAACAACAACAGCAGCAGCUGAAGUCUUCUCUUCAAAUCAAAAAGAACGCCAUAACUGAUGACUACAAAGUUACUAAUCAGGUCUUGGGACUGGGGAUCAAUGGAAAGGUACUAGAGAUCUUCAGUAAGAAGACUGGAGAGAAGUUCGCUUUGAAGAUGUUACAGGACUGCCCAAAGGCGCGUAGGGAGGUGGAUCUGCACUGGAGGGCCUCCCAGUGUGCUCAUAUUGUGAAGAUUAUUGAUGUGUAUGAAAACCUUUACCAGUCCAGAAAGUGUCUCCUCAUUAUUAUGGAAUGUCUGGAUGGUGGAGAGCUCUUUAGCAGAAUUCAGGACAGAGGGGACCAAGCCUUCACCGAGAGGGAGGCAUCAGAGAUCAUGAGAAGCAUUGGAGAAGCAAUCCAAUACUUACACUCUAUUAAUAUUGCACACAGAGAUGUAAAGCCAGAAAAUCUCCUAUAUACAUCGAAACGGCCAAACUAUGUGUUAAAGUUGACUGAUUUUGGAUUUGCUAAGGAAACCACAACACACAAUUCACUAGCAACACCAUGCUACACACCUUAUUAUGUUGCUCCUGAAGUUCUCGGGCCAGAAAAAUACGACAAGUCGUGUGAUAUGUGGUCUCUUGGUGUUAUCAUGUACAUUCUAUUGUGCGGUUAUCCACCAUUUUACUCCAACCAUGGUUUUGCCAUCUCCCCCGGAAUGAAGAAACGGAUCCGCAUGGGGCAGUAUGAAUUUCCGAACCCAGAGUGGUCUGAGGUUUCGGAUGAAGUAAAGCAGCUGAUCAGAAAUCUUUUGAAGACUGAACCAACGCAGAGGAUGACGAUCACAGAAUUUAUGAACCAUCCUUGGAUAACGCAGUCUAUGCAGAUUCCACCAACACCUCUUCAUACCAGCAGGGUCUUAAAAGAAGAGAAGGAUUUGUGGGAAGAUGUUAAGGAAGAGAUGACAAGUGCCCUUGCCACCAUGAGAGUUGACUAUGAGCAGAUAAAGAUAAAGAAGAUUGAAGAUGCCUCUAAUCCUCUCCUCCAAAAGAGACGAAAGAAGAUCACUCCUCAUGUAGCAACUCACUGAGGUUUCACUUGUGUACGAUCACCAUUGGUGCCAAUCAUGCCUUGUAUUCUUGAGCCAACUCAGUGUUAGCUGUAAAGGUGGCUUGUAGUGCCACAUUAAAAACAGAGGGAUGGACCUGCAAGUCUGUCGGAUUGGUGCCAGACGUUGGACUCAUUCUUGUAUACUUCUGUACUCCAAUUUUAGGAAGUUUUUUUUUUUUUGUUUUUUUGUUUUUUUUUAGAUUUUUUUUUGUUUUUAGAGAAUUCUCACAAUCUAUUUUAUAUACAUAUUCAGAUUUGCACACACCCACAGGAAAACAAGAGGGGAAACAUAUAUUGUUGAAUCUUUUGGCUAUAAGCAGCAAAGGGAGAGGAAAGUGAAGGAUGUAGGUGCUCCAGAUAAUGUGCCAUCAUUAGUAUUUCCAAACAUAUCUGUCUAAGAAGUUAUUUUGUGGAGCUGCACAAUUCAGGGACCACUAAGCCCAAAAGGCAGUUUAAUUACCUUUGGUACCUAAUUUGUUAUAAAUAGUUCCUGUCCCAGCCUUGCUAGAGUCCCUUGUUUGCUUUUAAAGGCAGACUUGUUCUUUAUUUUUUUUAUAAUUUUAAAGGCAAUGUAAAUAUAGCGCUUUUUAAUAGAAUUUUUGGAUAUUUUAAAUGUGUCCCUGAAAUUGCAAAUUAAUUUAUUUUUGUUACAUCUAUAAGGCCUGUAUGUAACGUUAGUGUCUUUCUGGAUAUUUUAAGUUUCUAGUUUUGGAAUAAUUUCAAAAAGGCAAUCCUUAAAAUAUCCGUGUGCAUGAUUUUGUUGCACCUGAAGGCCUACACGCAAAAUGUUUUUUAAGGACCUUUGUGCCUCCAUAUACAUCCUAGUUGCCUUAUAUGCAACCAAAUGUUGACCUGAUAACUGUAUUUUUAGGAGGGUGCAUUUUAAGUGUGGUGUGGGUGUAACACUGAUGCUCAGGAAGGAACACAAAUCAGCCUGUGAAACUUGCAGAAAAGGCCCGUUUAAUUGAACUCUAGACGGUUGCCUGAAUUCCGCAUAUAUGACACUGUGGUGAGAAUGUAUUGCUGCUAUUAAUAAAGUUAGCUUUUUAUAUAUUGAUUCAAAUAGGAGACACAAACGGGGUAAAAUAAUAUACACUCUCUCUACUAGCAGUAGAUAUGUUGGUUCCUCAUCUGCAUUGUCAUGAAUCAGAAGUUCAGAUUAUUAGUCCAUUAUACCCCAGAUAUUUUGGCACUUUUUCCCUCUGUAAACUCUUGUAUAAUAUACCAGCCUCUGACUCAAAAAUGAACAGACACUAUUUUCUUAGAGCUGCGAUCUAAAAGAACCUUUCUAUUGAUUGCAAGAAAACCGUGAUUUCAUUAUUUUUUUUUUUUUUUUAAAGAAACUGAAUUAUGCAGAAUGAAAUAGCAGAACAGUCGGCCCAUUACUGAUGUAUUACUUUGUAGGAUUUGGGGAGAAUUUGGAAUAUGUGGCUGGGUUACAUUCUGCUUUAUUUUUGUAAUUCAGCUGUAUAGCUAAUGACAUUUGUAUUUUUCAUCUCUUUCCCCAGAAAGCAAUAAUUUUCUCUGGAAUUGUCAUAAAGUUCUAAUUUUGUAUGAUCAAACUGUUUUACUAAAAGGUUUUAAACUUUG